UCGAAAAAUGUAAAAAAAAAAAAUUAAAUUUUUUAAAAAUUGUAGAGUAGAAGGUCCCCUUAAGACGAUACGAGAGGUGAGGUCUUUCCAUUAUAUUCUUUUCACGCGAACGAUAAUUUCCCCGCGUGGCAACGCCACGUGAUUGAUCUUUUUUAUUAUAUUCUGCAUAACAUUCAAGGUUUUUAUGCCGCGAGACUUUUUCUUGAAUGAGCCAAUAAAACAUUGUAUCUUUGAUUGGCUCAAUUACGCGUUUUAUUUUAUACUUUAAUUUAAUCCCUUAUUUUCCACAUCAUAGCACUUACAUAAUUGCCAGAGAACUCCUAAUCGAGAAAUUUAGGCCAUACAGAUACAUUCGGCAUUCACAAAAGUAAUAAGAAAAUGAAAGAUAAAACGGUAAUAAUUACUGGAUGUACGUCUGGCUUGGGCAAGGAAACGACUAUACAUUUAGCUAAAAAAGGAGCCAAAGUGAUUAUGGCAUGCAGAAACAUCGAUGUAGCAAAUACAAUUAAAGAAAAAAUAAUAAAAGAAACAGGAAAUUCUAAUAUCAUCAUACGUAAAUUAGAUCUUACUUCUCUGCAGUCCAUAAGAAAUUUUGCUGAGUUAAUAAAUAAAGAAGUAAGUAGAUUGGAUGUUCUCAUUCACAAUGCAGCUCUAGCUCAUUUAAAAAAUAAAAUCUCUGAAGAUGGAUUGGAGGUAACCAUGGCAACCAAUCAUUAUGGACCAUUUCUUCUAACUCAUCUCUUAAUAGAUCUGUUAAAAAAAUCAAAACCGAGUCGAAUAGUCAUAGUUUCGUCGGUAAUAUAUAAACUUGGUUCAUUAAACUUAAACAAUCCUAAUCAAAUAGAUUCGUAUAUUCCAUGUAAAUAUUACUUUAAUUCGAAAUAUGCAAACUUGCUAUUUACAUUAGAAUUGGCACGUCGUUUAGAAGGUACUGGCGUUAUUGCAAAUUGUCUGCACCCUGGUGUCACAGAUACUGGAAUUUGGAAAAGAAUUCCAUGUUUUUUAUAUUGGAUUUGUAAAGUUCUGAUAAUAAUUCCAGUGGGUAUAUCAACCCAGGAAGGAGUUCAACGAAUUAUGUACCUUGUUGAAUCCGAAGAAAUUAAUGGAUUAUCUGGACAAUAUUUUAUUAAAUAUUUUAAUCAUUUAACGAAAAGUAGUUUAACGAAUAUGAUCGGCAAUCCAGCCCUGCCCAAGAAAUUUUGGGAGAUCAGCGAAGAACUAGUUAAAUUACAGCCAACCGAUCCUAAAAUAUAAAAAAUAUUUGUUAAUUAAGGAUGUUGGUAAAAUUAAAAACAACAUACAAAGAUAAUU